GUAAAAGAAUUUUCUUCAUGUCACUGUCAGUUUAGUUCACGAUCUUAUAUGUCAGUGCUCCGAAUAUUCAAAUCAUCUCAUUUCAUUCUCCUCUUCAUUCAUGUCAGACAAAGUCGAAGACAGAACUGAAGAAAAAUCCUCUAGUAAUAAAUGUGCAAAUCCCCAAUCAAAGUCUUCCUCUGAAAUCGAAAUCGAAAAUGGAAUCGGGAAUGCUGCCACUACUUCCAAACAAACUGAAGUUAAUACCAAAACUUAUCCAGCCCAUUCCGAUACUCCCAGGAACAUUGGAGAAAUGGUGGAGAAGAAGGAACUUGGAGAAUUCGAGGGCUUCGAUGAGCCAGAAAAGGAAUACCUUGUUCCAAUCCAUGCUUCUCAAACAAACUCCAUCAACACUGAAUACGCUGCAGAAGUCAAAGAACCACCAGGCUUUGUACAUACAGAGUUUGAAAAAAAAAACGCCCUCAAUGUAAAACAGAGGGAGUUUGGUGUGAUUAAUAUCAAACCAACAGCUUCAAAUGAUGAUAUGAAUGAGGUGAAUGAGUUUCCCAACGUUGCCUCUAAAAUGUCCGUACUUCAUGAAGUCAACGAACCACCAAACAUGGCUCUCAAGGAGUGCAAGGUCAAAGAGAUUCUAAACGGAAUUUUAGAUUGCAAAGUGCUCCGUACAUCUUCAACUCAAGACUUGUCGGCUGUUAACAAAUCUUCCAAAGCGAACGCAAGUGAAGAAAUCCCGGAAAACUGCCCUGAUACUAGUUCUCAGUGUUCCCAUGUUCAAACUUCCAAAUUGGUAACUGUGAAGGAAAUUCUAGGGGAAAUAUUAGACUACAGCAUUUUCAAAAAAAGUUUACCUGCCCAUGAGGAACGAAGACCAGCUUGUGAAUUUGCUGAAGCAACAUCUUCGAGGGGGGCGAGCAACUGUGAAAUAUGUCGAUCUGAAGCGAAUGUCGAAUCCAGACGGUACCAAAUAUUCAGAACAAGUGGACCGCUUGGAAUCAUCAACUCUUCCAACGCCAUGCACAGUGAAAGUUUUAUCAGCAGUCAAGUUUCUAAGAAAUCCCUCAAUCGAAUGCUUCCUUCCUAUUCGGCGGUACUGAGAUUAGGUCCGAAACGUAGCGUGAAAUCCAUCGAAUCUUUCAUUCCCAGGCUUCCUCCACCAUCUUAUGCUGAAGUGGAAGGUCUGUGGGAGGAUUCCCCUACUUUAAUAUCGUCCGAUUCGGUGGUGUUCGGUCCCGAUCCAGUUUACAUGGUAUGCCCGGCGUGCAGGACCGUAGUGGUGACAGAUGUUGAGAGGGAGAGAUCCAACGUGACUCACUUGGUGGCUCUAGUGUUGUGUGUAUUUUUAUGCUGGCCAUGUUGUCUGCUACCGUAUUGUCUGAAGUCGUGCAAUUAUUCGUAUCAUAGUUGUCCGAACUGUAGGCAUUACUUUGGUGUGUACAAUCCUUUCUGAAGAAAUAUAAUCGCUGAUCGAGA